GUUGAAAUGAAAGGGGACGACCAGACACCUCAUCUACGUGUCUAACACGAAAGCAACAACCAACAAAUGGCCUGAGACUACACACCUUCACACCAGAGCAACCGCAUGGACAUCCUAUCCCAGUCGGCCAAAGCCCAAAUUACAUUCCCGUGAACACUGAAAACAAGAAGCUCAUUCAUGCAAACACCGGCACCCUGCUGCUGCAAACACCAGCACCCUGCUGCAAAAACAAGCAAAGAAACAAAGAGCGGACCUACAGACCACUCAAGUCAGGCAAUAUGCGCCAGUCACCGGACACACACACAUCUCUGUCCCCUCCCCCCCUCAUGCAUGAUAUUCCACCGUCCCUCUGUUGAUGACGGCAUCGGCCAGGUCGAAGUGACUCAGCACGCCACGCCAGCGGGACACCGAUGUGGGGAAGCGGUGAGCGAGCGGCUGAGACCGAUCGCCAACAGACCGCUCGGUCGUCUGCAGAGAGAUGUGGUUGCUGCACGUCACCCCUAGAUAGGCAGCGACGUCCUCGUAGGGCCGGAAGCCGCUCACAACCACAUGACGGCGGUCGUGUGGGUUGGUAUCAUUCAGGUUGCCGCCGUCGAGGCGGAAGUCCACAGCGAUGGCCCCCUGCUGCUGCUCGCUGAUGGGCUCAGUCAGCAGACGGCGAUGGCGGUUGUCAUCAUCGCCGAUGGGAGCAGCCAGCACGCACCUUUCGCCCACCCCCCUAUCAUAGGGCCACCACCCGAGCAUCGUGUCCAGGAGGAACGACGCGAAUGAGCGGUAGAGUAUGUUGCAGUCCCAUCGGAUGACGGGAUCGGUCGUCUUGUAGCCGAUGCGAUAGGGGUGGUUGGCCGGCAGCUCACUCAAGGGCACCACACGGAACGUGGUUCGAUAGUCGAUCGCCUGAUAGAUCCGAUAGACACCGUUGUCACCGGCUCGCUGCAGCGCCAGGCUGUGUCCGUGGUAGGUGAGGCUGUGGCCGAUGGCCUUGUAGAGCGCCAUGGCGAGCGGCAGCUGGUGGAAGGCUGUCGGAGAGGGCAGUGCAUCAGCCGACAGCCGCAGGGGCAGAGUGGAAUUGGGUGUGAGCCGAUAGAUGGCGGCCAGCCGAAUAAACCGCCCCAUCGCCCGCCACUCCUCGCCACUGCCCUGCUCCAGCAGGUAGACCAAUCUCAAGCCGGCCUCCAGAUCAUCCCCAAUGUCGAAGGCCAACGCGUCCUCCAGCCCGAGACGACUGAUGGCCUUGUUGAUGUGCUUCUGGACGCCGUUGAGCAGGGUGCUGUUGACGGUCUCCGCAGUAUGGCCCAGCAGCUCCUGUUGCCGAGUGCCGUUGACGAUCUGUGAGCGGAGAGCGGCUCGUUUGGCACCGUCAAUGACCAUGCGGGCCAUCUUGCUGAUGGGCAAUGACAGGUCAAAGAGGCCGGCGGGCUGGAAGAGCGGAGGGCUGGGGGGACGGGACGAGGGCGCUGCACCAGUGGGCUGCAUCGUGACUGUCCGAGGCCUGAGGGAGGGGCGUGGUAUGGGGGGAUCCCUUCAGUGUCUUGAAAGCUCCAG